UCCUUGGUUUGUAUACAAAUGGACAGCUUUAGCCAGCUUUAGGGGAAAGUUUGAAAAGAGCCAUGAUAACUAGUUCUAAUCAAGGAAUGGGACGCUGCUGCUUUAAAAAAUCUGAGUUUCGCCUUCUGCUCUCCCUCCUCUCUGCCCCCCCCCUUAUUCUAAUUGCAGGCUGGGAAUGUUCUGCAGCAGUCUUCUCACCCUAUCAAUAAGGUUCAGUUAGCCAAGGUGGAGGAUGGGAGUAGCAUGGAACUGUCCCAGCUCCUCAAUGAGAUCAGGGCAAACUAUGAAACGCUCUUCAGCCGAAGUCAGAUAGAGACCAUCCUCUCGGCAGGGACCCAGCUAGAAAAAGUCAUAACUGCAAGAAUGAACAAAGAUGAAGAAAUCUUAAAGGCAGCCAGGGCCGAGUUAAAUGAAGCUAGACGCCAGUGGCAUCAUAUGCAGAUCGAAAUAGACUCUCUUCAUGCCAUGGAAAGGGGAUUGGAGAAUUCGCUACAGGCCACAGAACUACGAUACCAAACACAGCUCAAGCACUUGGAAACAGAGAUUGAGGAUCUGGAGAAGGAGCUCCAAGAAGUGCGGCAAGACAUCGAAAAACAGCUCCAGCAACAUGAAAUAUUAUUAAAUUCCAAGAUGAGACUUGAGCAGGAAAUAGCUACCUAUCGCAGUUUGCUGGAGAAAGAAGAGAAAAGGUUUCAUUAUUUAAAACACGAAGAAACAAAAGAUAUCAGAAAACCUACAACCAGCCAAAUAGCGUUUAUUUUACCUUCAUCAAGCAAACUAAAAAAACAUGAAAUUGAAAAAAUGGAAAUACUGACAAAGCAAGCAGUCUUAAAUGGAGGUUUUGUGAAGGAUAGCACAGAGACUCAUAAUACAAUACAGUAA